UGGGAGGAGGUGUGGCCAUGGCCGCCGUCUUCAAUGUGGUCCAGGUGGAGCGAGUGUCCGGCCCCUGGGACGUCUCCUCCUCUUCCUCCUCCUCCUCAGGCUCCUCCUCGCGCACGACUGUGCGCUUGGGACUCCCCAGCAAGGGACGAAUGGCCGAAGGGACCCUCAAUCUCCUCAAAGACUGCCACCUCUCCGUGUGUAAGCCCAAUCCUCGCCAGUACGUGGCCGACAUCACCGAGCUCCAAAACCUGGAAGUGUGGUUCCAGAGGGAAUCGGAUGUGGUGAGGAAGAUGCUGGCCGGCGACAUUGAUCUGGGAAUCGUGGGCUACGACGUGGUUGCGGAGCACGGCCAGGACAACGAGGACUUGGUUGUCGUCCACGACCAGCUUGGGUUCGGCGAGUGCCAUCUCGGCCUCGGCAUUCCCAAGUAUGGCAUCUUUGAGAACGUUUCCUCCGUCUCAGACUUGGCUGCCAUGCCGCAGUGGACGUCAAGCCGUCCGUUGCGAAUAGUGACUGGCUUCACUUACCUCGCUAGUCGCUUAUUGAAAGCCAAGGGACUGGAGCACAUCCAGCUCUCCACUGCGGAUGGCGCAUUAGAAGCGGCUCCGGCUAUGGGAACGGCUGAUGCGAUCCUGGACCUUGUCAGCAGCGGGACGACGCUGCGAGAGAACAACCUCAAGGAAAUCGAGGGUGGAACGCUCAUCAAAAGCCAGGGCGUGCUGGUUGCGAGCAAGCGAGCGUUGCUCAAGCGCAAGGGUGCCCUGGACGUGACGCGGGAGAUGCUGGAGCGCUUGGAAGCUCACCUGCGAGCCAAGAGUCAGUUCCUGCUGACUGGAAACAUGCGUGGGGAGUCGCAAGAGCAUGUUGCCGAGCUUGUCCUUCGGCACACACGCCUCUCGGGCCUCCAGGGGCCUACGAUCAGUCCGGUGUAUAGCCUUCCAGAUGCUGGUGAUGGUGUCAAGGUACAGUACUACGCGGUGGCAAUCUGUGUGCACAAGAGGCAACUCUACGAUGCGGUGAACGAGCUGAGAAAGAUCUGCGGCAGCGGCGUCCUUGUUUCGCCCCUCACGUACAUCUUCGACGAGGAGCCUCCCAGAUGGCGGCAGCUGCUCGCCACCCUGCAAGAGUGACUCGAGAACAAGACAUUUGUUUGUGCGCAAUAAACGGGGCAUAGAGCCUUGGCGGGAAAUAGACCCAAGGAAUAUGCGGCGCGGCCUUCUCAUGGCAUAUUCCGUGUU